UUAGGUUUAAACAUUUCAGAUGAGCAGAUCAAGCAAAUGGAAGAAAAUGUUGAAAACAUUGAUUUUGAAAUGGCUGCUAAAGAAGAAAGCUUAUGUCGACAUGAUGUCAUGGCUCAUGUUCAUACAUUUGGAUGUGCUGCACCAUUGGCUGCACCAAUAAUACAUUUAGGCAGUACUUCAUGUUAUGUUGGAGAUAAUGCUGAUUUAAUAAUGAUCAAGGAUGCAUUCGAUAUUCUUUUGCCAAAGCUUGCUCGAUGCAUUGAUAGACUAUCAAAGUUUGCAAUGAAGUACAAAGACCUUCCCUGUUUAGGUUUUACACAUUUACAGCCAGCUCAACUGACCACUGUAGGUAAACGAACUACUUUAUGGAUUAGUGAUCUUUUAAUGGAUUUAGAUGCAUUGAGUAAUUUAAGAAAUAACCUUAAAUUUCUUAGUGUUAAAGGAACAACCGGGACACAGGCCAGCUUUUUGACUUUGUUUGAUGGAAACCAUGAAAAGGUUGAAGAGUUAGAGAGAUUGGUGACUAAGUUAGCUGGAUUUGACAAAACCUUUUCUGUUACAGGCCAAACAUACCCUAGAAAAAUUGAUUAUAACAUUCUAUCAGCUCUUGGGGGUCUGGGAGCCAGUGUUCACAAACUGUGCACAGAUUUGCGAAUCCUUGCUAGUAUGAAAGAGAUAGAAGAGCCAUUUGAGAAAAAUCAGGUUGGUUCAAGUGCUAUGGCUUAUAAACGAAAUCCAAUGCGUAAUGAACGAUGUUGUGGUUUAGCCAGGCAUCUUAUGACGCUUGUUUCAGAUGCUCAAAAUACAGCUUCAGUACAAUGGCUUGAAAGAACUUUAGACGAUAGCUCAAAUAGGCGAAUAUCUAUUCCAGAGUCUUUCUUAACCGCUGACGUCAUUUUAAAUACUUUACAGAAUAUAAGUGAAGGUUUAGUGGUUUAUCAAGGUGUCAUUGAGAGGCAUGUGGCUCAAGAACUUCCUUUUAUGGCAACAGAAAAUGUUAUAAUGGCAAUGGUGAAAGCCGGAGGAAGCAGACAAGAGUGUCACGAAGAAAUACGGGUGUUGUCUCAGAUAGCAUCAAAAGAAGUUAAAGAACAUGGACGUGAUAAUAAUCUAGUUGAAUUGAUAAAAAAAUCAAAAUAUUUUUCAUUAAUUCAUGACGUGUUAGAUCAGCUUAUGGAUCCUAAAACUUUUAUAGGACGAGCUCCGGAACAGGUUUUGAAAUUCCUUGAAACAGACGUUUACCCUGCACUCUUACCAUACACAAAUAAACUCGAUGGAGUGGCGGAAGUUCGGAUAUGAACUAUAUUC